UGUCACGCCCACUCUGAUGUCACUUCCGGGUCCCGCAUUCCAUGCUGGUUCUGACAAAACUGCAGCUCUUCCUGUUACUACACCACAUGUUUCUUAACUGAUGGCUGGCCCAGAAUCUCCUACACAGCGCUGCCACCCAUGCUGAGACACCUUCCUGGGACAGAGACUGUCUGUUUUUAAGUAGAGAUUGCGCUAAGCUGACUUGUCACUGGUUGUAGAUAGGAGGUCCAAAAGGCAAGAGUGCGCACCCCCAGACCAGAUUCUCUGUUUCCUCCAAUUGGGAUACUGUGGAGAAUUUCUGGCUGUAGCAGAAGGAUUCCAGGAAUACUGAGGACCAUUAGACUGCAGAGGGCAAAAUCUGCUGGCGUACAUGACCUUGCAUCUCAGGGGGUCCACCAGUUUGGAUCCUAAGGACAGACAGAAAAAAUUGUUAUAACCAUUAAAAAGUAUAAGUUUGUGUCAAAGCAACAUAAAAGAUUAUACAUAUCUUAAAAGGCUGAUCUAUGAAGGAGAUCACACUCUCAACAUCCCCCUGCGUGUUCUAUUUUACCCAUCGUAUUGGAAUUUUGCAGAGGUUGGACACCAUCCGCCUGUUGUGACUAAAGACCUGGCUCUCUGAAGAUGCUGGGCAAGGAUUACAUGCUUGCUAUCAUUAUUGUUAAUUAUGACGAUAACCUUUGGAGUGACCAGAAUCUUGAGGCUGAUCCUGAUCUUCCUCCAGGUUGGAGAACAAUCCGUGAUUCCUCUGGCACCUAUUACUGGCAUGUGCCAACAGGAACCACUCAGUGGCAGCACCCAAUGUACAAUUCGGGAAUAUCUCCUAGUCUGAGUACUGUUCAGGAAAAGAAAGUCCUUAGGACUUCAGUCAGUGAUGUUUCUUCAGCUCGGCCCUCUCCUGGAACAGUAUCUACAUCGGGCAGAAGGCUUUCGCUACCAUGGCAUGAUGAUGAUUUAUUUCACAAUAUCAAUGAUCCAAGCUGUAAGAGCUUUGCAGUUCAUUGCCUAGGCUGGGUGGAAAUACCUGAAGAAGAUCUAGCACCUGGAAAAAGCAGUAUCACUGUUAACAAUUGUAUUCAACAGCUGGCCCAUACUAAGUGUGACAGUAGUGACAUGUCAUCAAAUGAAGGGGAAAAUAUGGUGAUGAUUUUGAAAAAAGAUACAAUGAGCUUGGUGGAUCCACUUGAUCACAGUCUGAUUCACUCUCAACCCGUCAUCAACAUUCGAGUGUGGGGUGUUGGCUGCAAUAAUGGAAGGGACAGAGACUUUGCUUUUAUAGCUAAUGAUAAGGAUACCUGCAUGUUGAAGUGUCAUGUAUUUCGUUGUGAUGUCCCAGCCAAAGCUAUUGCCAGUGCCCUCCAUGAUAUGUGUUCUAAGAUCAUGUCUGAAAGAGCAGUGGCCAGUAACGCCAUCACUCGUUCUGUUACCUUAGAGACGAUCUCACCUGAAGACUUACCAGUGCAAGUUGAUAUUCUGGAUACUGUGCGGGAGUCCAUUCAGAAAUAUGAACUGCUUUUCAUUGGCAGCCUUCCCGUCUCAAAGCCAAUGGGGAUGGAAGUACUGAAUGAUACUAUAGAGAACAAAAUCAGCACCACACUCAGGGAAAACUGGACAGCUGCUGUCAUUGAAGUGACUGAUACAGCAGUGACCAUACAUCGGAGAGAGGUUGUUGAAGAAGAGCCUCUCUGGCAAUGUUCAGUUCGAUAUGUGACAUUUAUGGGUAUUGGGCAAGAUCCUCACACAUUUGCAAUGAUUGUGGACGUAGGCAAACAGUGUUUCCAAUGCGCAGUAUUCUGGUGUGAGCCAGAUGCCGGACAUGUCUCGGAGGCAGUACAGGCUGCCUGUAUGGUUCAGUAUCAAAAAUGUGUGGUAGCAUCAUCAUCACGGAUGAAGCCCAAAAGUGGAAAUGGCAAAUCACUUCUGAAAAUAAAGAGGACUACAUCUGUGGACUCCCCGAUUUCUCUUAACUCAUCAGGCCACACUCUUCAGAAAAAUGGAGGAACAAGUAAAAGAAGAGGAGUAAUGGCUUUCUUUGAAGCAUUUAAGCAGAAACAUGUCAGGCAUAGCCCUUAGACUAGAACAGAGAUACAGGAAAUAUAUAUUUUUUAGUUUUUUGCCUGUUUUAUAGAUAUUUUAGAAAGUUUGUUCUUUCUGUAAUUUCAGAACUAACAGUUUACUAUAAAAUAAUUCUGGGUUAAUUCCUGGUGCUGAAAUUUUGCUGUGCUAUAUCAGUAAGUUACAAUAACCAGGUAGAGGUAUUUGAUGAAAUGAUCCAGUAUGACACUGAAGAUUAAUUAAUAGCAUGGUACUGUAUAUGCACAUCAGUGAUGAAUUAGUGCCCAUAUUGACCAAUCAGAUUACAUCUUUUAUUAGUAGUAAUGAAAGCUCAUAUCUGACUAUUUACUACGAGCUGUAAUACCCCAUGGUCCAUUGUAAAGUGCGCCCCCAGGGAAAAUGUAAUAAUUUGUUAUUUUGGUAGAGGGUGAUUAGGGCACUCUGUAUAUAAAGUUCUACCUACCUCCGAGAUUGCCACUGUAAUCUUCAUUCCAUUGCUUUCUGAAAUGUGCAUCAGCCCCAGGCACUACAAUGGACUAUCUUCUAAUAUGCUGACAGGCCCAACAGUGAAAACCGCAAGGGGGAGAAUGCUGAAGAAACUUUGCUUUUCACAUAUUAGCAAGUGUACCUAUAUACACAAAAAUUCAUCCAGGCUCAUAAAAUAUUGCAAGGAGUGAAGAAUCAUGAUCAAUGUAUGGUACAAAUUGCAACCCCAUUUGGAACUUGUCUGACUUCCGUAACCUAAAUUCUAAAUUGGUUGUUAUGCGUUACUGUACUUAUUCUCUUGCACUCUAUUCAUAAGCCUAAAUGUAUUCUAAACAACCAUUGCAUACACCUAAUAAUAUUUUUUUUUCAAAGUUCAUCUACUUUUAAAAGGAAAGAAUAACAAAAUGUAUGCCUUGCAAGCCUUCUUACCACGUGGAAAUCCUUACAUGCAUUCCAAGCAGCAUAGACUAUUGUAUUAUUUGAUAGAUUUGUUGUGUAUGGAAGAAAUUACUAACUUUGAUGCUGUACCAACCACAGGCUGAGCUGACAGGGCAUGUUGGGACACAUUGACUAAGAAGACAUAAGCGUGUUAUUCCUCAUGUAAGAAGUAGAUGUAAAGUCUAUAGAUGGAAAGUAUAUAGUAUGAGUUAGGUGAUGUAAAUGUUAAUCCUCGCUUUGUGUUUAAGGAAUGAACCGCACUGUAAAAUAUGCUUUAAUUGUAAAUAUUUAAUAGCACCACUAGUUUAUCAGUGGAUUUGUUCUUAAUAAAUUUGAUGCAUUGGCAAAAAA